AUGAACUUGGGGAAGUUUAUUUUGGUUGCCCUAGCUCUAGCUCUGGUCCUUGUCCUGGCUGAGAGCUUUGAAUUUCAAGAGAAGGACUUGGCUUCUGAAGAGAGUCUGUGGGAUUUGUAUGAGAGGUGGAGGAGCCACCACACAAUCUCCCACGACCUUGGCGAGAAGCGAAAGCGCUUCAAUGUUUUCAAGGAGAACGUGAAGCAUGUGCACAAGGUGAACCAGAUGAACAAACCCUACAAGCUCAAGCUGAACAAGUUUGCAGACAUGACGAACCAUGAGUUUGCGAGCUCCUAUGCUGGCUCGAAGGUUAGCCACUACAGAUCACUGCAUGGCAGCAGAAGGGCUACUGGCUUCACACAUGAGAUGACCGACGAUCUUCCGGCAAGUGUUGAUUGGAGGAAGAGUGGAGCUGUCACUGGAGUUAAAGACCAAGGCAAAUGUGGUAGCUGCUGGGCAUUUUCAACUGUAGUUGCAGUGGAGGGCAUCAAUCAGAUCAAAACAAAGCAGCUAGUCUCUCUGUCUGAGCAAGAGCUGGUUGAUUGCAACAGAGAUCCGAACGAAGGGUGCGAAGGUGGAUUGAUGGAAAAAGCAUUUGAGUUUAUCAAGAAAAAUGGUGGAAUAACAACGGAGCAAAACUACCCUUACAGAGCCAGUGAUAAUCCUUGUGACUCAUCCAAGAUGAUGAAUUCUCCUCUGGUGCAAAUCGAUGGUUAUGAAAACGUGCCUGAAAACGAUGAGAAUGCCUUGAUGAAAGCUGUUGCAAACCAACCUGUGUCAGUUGCACUUGAUGCUGGUGGUAAAGACUUCCAAUUCUACGCGGAGGGUGUGAUGAAUGGAGACUGUGGAACAGAACUGAAUCAUGGAGUGGCAGUUGUGGGAUAUGGAGAGACUCAAGAUGGAACCAAGUACUGGAUUGUGAAGAAUUCGUGGGGAGUUGAAUGGGGAGAGAAAGGUUACUUGAGGAUUCAACGAGGAGUUGAUAAAGAAGGAGGGAUGUGUGGAAUUGCUAUGGAGCCCUCUUACCCUAUGAAAUCAUCACCAAACAUCACCAGAAGAAGCUCAUUCAAGGAUGAACUUUGA